AUGGAUCCACGCUCUUUGACAACAAGAGGACCUUAUUCGAUGGUUAUUUGUGGUGAGAAUUACCAUAGGAUUGGAUCCUUACUUCCAGUUGAUGGAAAUAGGCCCAAGUUUGCUCAGCUAUAUAUAUUUGAACCUGAAAAUGAGGUUAACAAUAGACUUGCAAACUUCGCAUCUCGAGAGGAAGUCUUGCUGCCUGAGUUACUUGCAAGUUUGCUUCGAAUGCUUGAUGAAAACAACGAGUUGGUCAGAACAUUUAGGCGCAUUCGACAAGAUCUCCUGCUUUCUUCCACACCAAAUCUCCGACUCAGAAUCUUUGGGAUCAAAAGUAGGAAUCGAAAAUAUGACUUGCCAACUAGCUCUGAUAUUGCAGCCUUAAUACCUGGUGAUUUUGUUGCAGAUAGGGAGGAUAGAGAUAUCAUUGUUGACCAUCGAGGAGAAGGGCUGAAACGUAUAACAAGCCUCAACCCAAAAUUCGAGGCUCUUCACUUCCCAUUGCUAUUCCCGUACGGAGAAGAUGGGUUUCAUCCUCAAAUAUCUUAUAAAUCCUUUAUGGCUAACACACCUUCAGAUUGGAUUGAGAUACCACAAAUACUCUUGAUAUAUGCUGGAAAAAAUCCAAUCGAGUCAAUCACAAAUGACAUAUAUGACACAUUUGAGGAACAACACAUGAGCACAGAUUACCUAAGUGGAAGGGCAAUCGUUACUCCUACUAAUGCAGUUGUGACUGAAGUGAAUGACUUCAUGUUGCAAAAAAUUCCUGGACAUUGCCGUUGCUACUACAGUUCAGACUCUAUGCAACUUGAUACAGAGGUACCUCAGCUAUUUGCUGAAACUUACCCAACAGAAUUUUUGAAUGCUCUUCAGUUCAAUGGUGUUCCAGAUCAUGAAAUAAGACUUAAGGUUCACACUCCGAUCAUGUUGCUGAGAAAUUUGAGCCCACCAAACGGCCUGUGCAACGGUACGAGGAUAUUGAUUACGAAAUUGGGGGAAAAUAUCAUUGUUGGAAACAUCAUGGGAGGAUCUUUUGACACAAAAGAGGUUGUUAUACCACGAAUAGUACUCAACGUAGAAGACAAACGCUGGCCCUUUAUACUGAAGAGGAGGCAAUUCCCAGUACGGUUAUGUUAUGGGAUGACUAUAAAUAAGAGCCAAGGUCAAACGCUGGACAAGGUUGGAGUCUAUUUGCCCAAACCAGUAUUCAGUCAUGGACAGCUUUAUGUGGCAGCGUCAAGAGUAAGAUCUGCAGGUGGUUUGAGAUUCUUGAUUGAAAAUGAAGAGAACAUUCCAGCCAGUUACACGAGAAACAUUGUAUAUUCAGAAGCCUUCACAGAUAUUGCACCUGGUUAA